AUGAGGGAAGUUGAAAAAUUCAAAAUAGAGGAUAGAGCAGAAAGUAACAAGAUUUAUCACUUUUGCUUUAAACUGGUUAAGAGCUCCUAUUUUACUCAAUUCAUUUCAAUACUUAUAGUGCUCAAUACUAUAGAUCUCGCAUUAGAUAGAUAUCCAAUUGAUGAAGAGUAAUCUUUGAUAUUAGACGAGAUAAACAUGGCAUUUUCAAUGGUAUUUAUGAUAGAGAUGAUUAUAAAACUUUUAGCUUUUGGAUUCAAAGCAUAUUUUAGAGAUCCAUUUAAUGUAUUUGAUUGUGUUGUAGUUAUUUCAAGUCUUAUUGAUUUGUUUGUAUCUUUCUUGGUGGAUUCUAGUAGCGGAGGAGCAAUCACAGCUCUCAGAGGUUUUAGACUCAUUAGAAUUUUUAAACUUGCAAAAGCUUGGAAGAAGUUUUAAAAUUUAUUGAAGACUAUAGGAAGAACAUUUAAAGAUAUUAGCACAUUUUCAAUCCUACUUUUCCUUUUUAUGUUCAUCUAUUCUCUCCUUGGGAUGGAGAUCUUUGCAUAUAAAGUAAAAGUAUUACCAGAUCAAAUCACUCUUGAUGAUGCCCAUGGUUCAUCUCCAUUAGCUAAUUUCGAUGAUUUUAUCUCUUCAUUUACCACUGUCUUUAUUAUUCUUACAAAUGAUGGAUGGAGUGCAAUUUAUUAUAAUUACUACAGAGCUACUGGACCGGCAGUUUCAACAAUAUUUUUCAUUUCCUUAAUAAUUAUUGGGUAAAAGGUACUACUGAAUUUAUUCCUUGCUAUUUUACUUGAAAACUUUGAUGAAUAAAGCCUUGAUUAAGAAAUUAAAGAGUAAUAUCGAAAAUAGAAAAGUAAAAAUCUAAAAACUAAGAAAAAAUGCAAGAAACUAAGAAAAUUCUUCAAGUGCAAAUCCUGCAAAAAGAAAAAUAUAAGUAAUAGGUAAAAAAAGUAAAAUGAAAAAGAAUUGAAAUUCUAAAAUAUUCUUGAAGUAGAUUUUAAUGAGAAAUUUGAUUCCAAGUAAAAUGAAAAUGAGAGUAAAGAAUCUUGUAAAAGAUUAAUGAAAGCAGAAGAAAAGCAAGAGGGGGAGAAUUAAAAUUAAUCAAAUUCUCUUAAGGCUAAAUAAAGAAAAACUUAAGCAAAAAGUUCAAAUUAAGACUAAGAGGUAAAGAUUGAGGGGAAAUCUUUGUCUCUUUUCUAAGAGCAGAAUCUAUUCCGAAAGUUUUGCUUUAGAGUAGUUACAAAUGAAAAAUUUGAUUAUUUCAUUAUUUUCUUCAUAUUGGUCUCAGGUGUACAAUUGGCUAUUGAAAACCCUUUGAAUGAUCCAAAGAGUAAAUACAUCGAUAUAUUAUAUUGGCUUGAUUUCGCUACAACGAUUGUAUUUUGUGCUGAAGCUGCUAUGAAAAUUAUUGCUUUUGGAUUCUAUUUUAAUAAAGAACGAAGUUAUUUAAGAAAUACAUGGAACAAACUGGAUUUUGCCAUAAUUAUUUUUUCAGUAAUUUCACUAACACCUCUUUCUAGUGAUUUUAAGAUAUUCAAAAUGUUUAGAGUAGUUAGAGGCCUCAGGUUAGUUAGUAAAAACGAGGGAUUAUAAUUAGCAGUAAAAGCACUUAUUCAAGCAAUACCUUAGAUAGCAAAUGUGACUAUUAUUAUGCUUUUGUUUUUCUUAAUCUUUGGUAUUAUUGGUAUUAGCUAUUUUAAAGGAAAGUUUUAUUAUUGCUAGCAUGAUUUUAUCUCAGAUUUUUAAGUCAAUUAGAUCUAAAAUAAAUGGGAUUGUAUUAAUUUUGGAGCUAAUUGGAUUAAUAAACCAUAUUCUUUUGAUAAUAUAUUUCAGGCGAUGAAAACCUUAUUUUAAAUGGCCACUACUUCGGGAUGGUCAGAUGUUAUGUUCGUUAGUAUAAGCACCAGUGAUGUUGACUAUACCCCAAUAUUAAAUAAUAACUUGUUUUGGAUUUUAUUCUUCAUUGCUUUUAUCAUUGUAGGAUCAUUUUUUCUACUCAACUUAUUCGUUGGUGUUGUUAUAAGUACAUUCAAUAGAGAGAAAGAUAAGAUUGGUGGUAAUAAUCUACUGACAGAUAGAUAAAAGAACUGGAUUGACACUAAGUUGAUUGCUCUUAGAGCUAAACCCAAAAAAUUAGUUAUUUAACCUACAAAUCUAUUUAGAAAAUACUGCUUUAAGCUUCAAAAAUAAUAAUGGUUCGAAUAUUUUAUCCUAGCUUGCAUUAUUUUAAACACUUUUGUUCUCACUUUGAAAUGGUAUUAUCAACCCGAUAAGCUUUCAUUCGCUUCUGAGACACUUAAUUAUAUCUUUACACUGAUAUUUACAAUGGAAGCUGUUAUAAAAUUGAUUGCACUUGGUAAAGCUUACUUUCAUGAGAACUGGAAUAUAUUUGACUUUAUUAUUGUCCUUGGAAGCUCACUCAGUGUGUUCUUAUCAAUAAAUUCUAACUUUUAAUUAGGUGGAGCUACCACUAUUAUCAGAGCUUUCAGAAUAACUAGAAUUUUUAGACUUGUCAAAAGGGCGAAAGAACUAAGACUAGUAUUUAAUACAUUUAUAUUCACUCUACCUGCCCUAGCUAAUGUAGGUGGACUGCUAUUGCUCUUAUUAUAUCUCUAUUCAAUUAUUGGAGUAUACUUAUUUGCAGAAGUCAAAAGAAGCGGAAUAUUGACUGAUAAUUUAAAUUUUGAAACGUUUCUGAGCUCAUUUAUUACAUUAUUUUCAAUAGCUACAGGGGAUUCAUGGGAUUAAAUCGUAAGUGCUACACUAAAAUAACAAAGUAUCGAUUUUCAUUGUAUUGACUCCCCUACAUAUUAAGACUACGUUGAUAAUAGCUAUAUGACAGUUGGUUGCGGGGAUUCUUCUUUUGCCGGACUAUUAUUUUACUACAGCUAUAUAAUUUUCGUGAAUCUAAUUUUCUUAAAUCUCUUCAUAGCUAUUAUUUUGCAAGGUUUCGAUGAUACCUAAAGUAAAGAGAGUAGGAUGUUUAAUUAGGAGACUUUAGAUAAAUUCAGAGAUGUAUGGUCGUAGUAUGAUCCAGAAGCUACUACUUUCAUACCAAUUAAAUAGAUAAAAGAUUUUUUAUUUGAUAUUGGAAAACCUUUAGGCUGGGACGAAGGACUUAUAGAAAAGACAGGAAGUCAGGACUAAUUUAUUGCAAAUCUUGAUUUACCUAUCUAUAACAACUUCUCUGAUUAUAUGUUCUUCGAUGUGCUUUAAGCACUUGCUUUACGAUUAGUAGUUUAAGAAUAGAUCAGCUUGGAAAAAGAACGCAAGAAAAAGGAAAAUUAGCAAAAAGACUCAAUCUUAGAUGAAAGUUACGAGCCUGAAGAUGAGCUUGGAGAUGAAGUGAAAAAAGAGUAGGAAAUUAAAAAAGAGAUUGAAAAAGACAUUAAUAAACUUGAGUUCUAAGAAUCAGCUUAGAAGAUAUAGGCUGUAAAAGAAGUAGUAAAGGACCAGAAAAAGGCUAUAACAAACCAGAAAAAUCUUUAGAAAGAUAGUCACUUCACAUCACUACAUCAAGCAGCCGCAUAAGUGGCAAUACAGCAUAUGAGAUAUAUUGUAGCAAAGAGAAAGCUAAUUAAGCAUCUAAAUUAACUAAAUAAAGUAGAUAUAAAUGAUGAGAGCGAAUCCUAGGAAGUAAAUAAUAAAGACAUUAGAGAGAAUAAAGGAAUAUUUCAAGAUUAAAGGAUGGUUAACAUUAGUCUUGGAGAGUAAUCAUAGGAUAAAAGAACUCCUGUAGCAGGCAGAAGUCCCUAGCAGAGAGGCUUUCAAGAUGAUAUAAGAGUUGAACAGCUAGCAUCAUUUGCAAAGGGUAGCGAUUCUAAUUAGCAUAGAGCGGCCUCACUCAAGUCUAAAAAGAGCGAUGGAUAAAAUUAGAUAAUCCAAAAAAUAUAUCAAAAUGUGAAUAUAAACACUCAGAUAAUCACAAAAGAUAAUAAGGAAAUAGAAAAUAUAAAUCUGAAGAUAGAGAACUUUGAUGACUUUCAGAUAUUUAGCAGAGUUAGCAGUGAUGAAAUAAUCAUUGAUGAUAGGAAAAUGAAUUAACUUAUAGAAUCAGAGUUGAGAGAAAUGAAUUCGUAUAGAUCCAGACUGGUUAGUUCUUCACUCAGUUAAAAUGAGGAUUUCAUGCAUCUCACUCCUGCAAGGGCAUCUAAGUCUUCCUUUUAAAAGAUAAAUAAAAAGAAACAAAGCAAGAGAAAUAGUUUGAUAGUGAAUGUAAGUAGAACUUAAAUUGAAGAGGAAAAAAAAGAGGAGGAGGACUUACCUACUCAAGGUAAAAGAAAAAAGAAUUCUAAAACAAAAAAUAAGGAGUCUAAGUAAAGAAUGAAAAAAUUCUAAAAUGACUCAAUGAGACUAGGUGGUUCAAUGGGAGGCACAGGUGAAUACGAGUUUGGAAUUGAGAGCGGGGAGGAUGCUAAUCUCGAGGAAAGUAUGAUGCCCUAGAACAACCGAAGCAUUCAAGAAAUAAUCGUAACUGAUUCACAUUCCUCUAAUAAGAGUCAGAUUUACAUUAAUGACGCAGCUGAGUUGCAAAAGACGUAGACCCUUUCUCGGUCUAAAUCUCAUAGUUAGGUAGAUACACAUCUGUAAACAAUUAACCCCACGAGUCCCGAGUAGAGAUCACACCUUUUAGUAAAUGUCCACGGUGCUCAUAUUGUUAAUGGCAACGUGCUAGCUUCAAAUGUAGAAAAGUUAAACUAAAAUAAAAUCUUUGGCUUCAAAGACCAUCUUAAGCAUUAAAAAUAAUGA